UGUAUUAAAUAGCAGGUUUCAGAAGUCCUGUCCAGUAGAUCAGUAACCAUGUGGACCGCACUGGUUCUGUUAUGUCUCGGAGCCUUUCUUCUCUACUUGCAGUUCAGAAUUCGGCGACCUAAAAACUUCCCCCCUGGACCCACUCCUGUUCCAUUUUUUGGAAAUUUGCUACAAUUUGACCGCAUAAACCCGUUAAAGAACUUUGACAAGUUUGCUCAGCGCUAUGGAUCAAUCUACGCACUGAACUUUGGUAGACAGCCAGCAGUGGUGUUGACGGGACAGAAAAUGAUCAGGGAGGCACUGAUCACAAAAGCGGUGGAGUUUGCUGGUAGAUCAGAGAACAUGAUGGUCAGUCAUAUAACAAGGGGCAAAGGGGUGAUCAUGGCAGAUUAUGGAGACGGCUGGCGGGGACAUCGACGCUUUGCUCUGACCACACUGAGGAACUUCGGCCUUGGAAAGAGAAGUAUGGAGCAGAGGAUUCUGGAAGAAGUCAAAUAUAUCUGCGCACAACUGGAGGAGUCUGCUGGAAAGUCAAUUGACCCUCAACAUCUGUACCACCGAGCUGCUUCAAAUAUCAUUGCCUCAAUCAUUUUUGGGUCACGUUUCAAUUAUCAGGAUGAAUAUUUCCAGACAUUGAUCAUAACUAUGGAAAAACUUACAAAGAUUGUCAUUGGACCAUGGGCAAUGCUCUAUGAAAUAGCCCCCGCGUUAAGGAUUUUUCCACUGCCAUUCUGGAAAGCUUUUCACGAUUUUGAGACAAUCAGAAAACAUAUUCUUAAAGUUGUGGAUGAGCACAGGAAGUCACAUGUUACCGGGCAGCCAAGAGACGUGAUUGACUGUUACUUGGAGGAGAUGGAGAAGAGAGCAGAUCAACGCACCACCUUUGAUGACUCACAAAUGGUCACUUUGCUGUUUGACCUGUUUGUGGCUGGAACCGACACAACCUCUAACACACUCCGAACUUUAACACUCUAUUUGAUGACGCACACUCAUAUUCAGGAGCAAUGUCAGCGGGAGAUUGAUGAAGUCCUUGGUGCUCGUGAACACGUCACAUAUGAGGACAGAAACGCCAUGCCUUUCGUUCAAGCAGUGAUUCAUGAGGGUCAGCGUGUUGGUGACAUUGUUCCACUCAGUAUGUUUCACACCACCACAACCGACACUCAACUCCAGGGCUACAGCAUCCCAAAGGGGACAAUUAUCAUCCCCUAUCUGUCAUCUGCUCUGAGAGAGGAAAGUCAGUGGAAGUUUCCGCAUGAAUUCAACCCCCAAAACUUCUUGAAUGAAAAGGGGGAAUUUGUGAAGCCUGACGCAUUCAUGCCUUUUUCUGCUGGAUCUCGUGUGUGUUUAGGAGAAAAUCUAGCUCGCAUGGAGCUCUUCCUCAUCCUGGUCACGGUGCUGCGACAAUUCAAUCUUAUCUGGCCGAAGGAUGCAGGAGAGCCGGACUUCAAAUAUAUAUAUGGCGGGACACAGUCAGUGAAACCUUACCGUAUGACUGUACAACUACGUACACCUGGGGAGACUUGUGAAACUGUUCAUUGAACAUAUAUUGCCCUUCAGUGAAAACAUGCCCCAUAUCACAUCACACUAUACAAGCACAAUGGUAGCUGCCUAUAAACUAUGUUUUAGCUUUUUAGUAAAAUUUACACACAAGAUUAAAACAAAAAAUACUGGAAGUUACUGAAGUAUAAAAUUACAACAUAUUGCACGUGUAACAACUUGCAAUGACAUUUAUGAAAAAUACCUUUGCCCUAAGAUGUUAAACUCAAUAUGUUUUUAUUGCAUCUGCUUAUUUACCCAAUGUCUACAGCAAAAAUACAUUAUAAUUUUAAAUGGCGUUUAAAAUUAACUUACAAAACCCAUGCCUGGGAAAACUAGUUACCGAGACUGUAGCUCUAGUGACAACUAGCCCGCCUCUUAAAUGCAUUAAACAUGUAUAAUGAAACCUUGAUCACAGGCAGCUUUGAUGCAUUUUUUUUUAAACAAUUCACAACUAAUCCAUUUUGGAAUCAUGACAAUUCCAGUGGUAGCAGUUUAAUAUUUGUUUUUAUUUUGUUUUUAAAAUACACUUAAAUACCAUAUAUGUAAUAUUGUGCUGCUAGAAAGCUCAGCUUCAUACUGAUAGAGCAUGAUGUAGACUACAAAAGAAUUGAAUGUUGGGACUGAUUUAUAUUGUAAAAAUGUGCAAAUAAUAAAAUAUAUAAAUCAUUUGAUA